GCAGAAAGCGCAGUUGGCUGUGUUUUCCUUUUUUCGCUUUCUAAGUUGCUUAUUUAUUUAUCUAUUUAUUUAUUUAUUUUGCUCCUUGGAGAAGGUGGUGUCAGACCACGGUCGCAGCGCACUGGAACAGGCUGCCCAGAGGGACUGUGGAGUCUCCCUUGCUGGAGAUGCUCAAGAGCUCUCUGGACGCAACCCUGUGCCAUGUGCUCCGGGGUGACCCUGCCUGAGUAGGGAGGUUGGACCAGGUAAACCACUGUGGUCCCUUCCAGCCUGACCCAUUCUGGGAUUCUGUGGUUGUACCUGGUUCAUGGAUGCUGCCUUUGGCCUCGGCUGACCCAGCGCACACCUGCGGGGUUGUGCUGACCUCAAACCUAAAAAACCUUAAAGCCCAUACAAUUGCCAGCUCGUCCAGCUGGCUCUGUGGGUUUCGUCAUCCUCUUUCUGUGUUUCACAACAGUGAGGUGUCAGCGUGACCCGUCUGAGUAUUGUGUAUUGGCAUUGUGGUCAUGCCAGUGGUGUCUGCGAGGGAAAACACAGGCUUGGCUCUUGGUGUGCUGUUCAGGUGACUCUCAGUGGGAAGCUGUGCAAGCCUCAAAGUGCCCAAGGAGAGAGUGGUUUAAUACUCACACACAUACACACCCUAGUGGGUGUGCAGAGGGUUCUUACUGUUUCUUUCAGUUUAAAGUUCUUCAUGUGUAUAGCUGCAUUUGUGUGAAACAGCGUAUUGCACAUAUGUGGUCAUUUUAAUAAAAAUCUAAAAUACAGGCCUAAAAUGUAAUUGUGUCACUUACUGUACUCCCAUUGCUUCCCUUACACAAGAAUUUAAAGGCUAAUAAAAAUUUAUAAAGACAUAUCCAAGAGAAGUCCUCUUCUGGUAAUUCCCAAGUCCAGGAACUGUAAUCUUUAUAUUACAGGCUGGUGCGCGUGUGUUUACAUGUUUCCUCCUGAUGAGUGUGUAUCAUCUAACUGGCCAGUGGCUGUGCCUGGUAGCCUUUCAUUGGAGGGGAAAAAAACCUGCAAAUCUGUUAUUGAGCAGGUUUCAAAGUUGUAUUGUACAUACUGAAAAUUUAACUUCAAGUUAAAUCUAGUUAAUUAGUUUGGCAGAAGAUUUCUGGCGAAAAGGAAAAAAGUACGUAUGGCUUAUGUCGUUUUGCUCUGUUUUUCUCUUUAGAAAUGUAUUUAUUAAUUGAUGCUCAAAUAAUUUUGGAUCAUAGAAGUUGACUUCUGUGGGAUGUUUGCCAGUGUAAGAACUGCAAAUUUGUUUGAAAGCUUUCAGGGAAUGUGAGCUAUAUAUGUUACCGAAAGCAUUUGUGGGAAGAUUAUGCCCAGAAGAGGGAUUACUUUUAAUAUUCCCUUAAAGUGGAAAGCUCUCACAGAAGGUGGAUCGGCUCGGACAUCACUUCUUAUUUUGGUCUCCAUAUUCUUAUCAGCUGCUUUCCUUAUGUUCCUGGUAUAUAAAAAUUUCCCACAACUUAGUGAAGAAGAAAGAGAAUGUAUAAAGAUUCCUAGAGAUAUGGAUGAUGCAAAGGCCUUGGGAAAAGUCCUGUCCAAAUAUAAGGACACGUUUUACGUUCAAGUGUUAGUGGCUUAUUUUGCCACAUAUGUUUUGUAUCCUUUUUCGGACAUAAAGGGCAGUUUUGUUGUAGCCAUACUUCUCUGAAACACUAAAUGAAAA